GAAACAACAAAGUCAAAGCACCAAUGGGAUGAUGGAUCAAAACAAACUGCGCCACAAACCCACCUAAUCCUCCAAAUUCAACCUCCCCACCCUCAAGAACCAUUUCCAAUCUCUUUAUUCAAUGUUACUUCAACAUCCAUCCACCUAACCUGCCCGUCUCCCUCUCCCCAUCUGCCUGAUGGUUUUGCCUUGAUGUUUUCUUUGUUCGCAAAUCCAAAUCCUUCUCUCUGAUAUGGGGUUACAGCAUAGAAAGCUGAUAGAAGAUGCGAUCAAUUUUACCGUGUCACAGGUCUGUCAAACAUCAUGUGUCGCAGAAAAUGUUGGAAACAUUUGUCCACAGAUAUGUUUAGAUUUCGUUGUCUGCCCUAAAGUCUGCCUACACUCUAUCUCAUCUCUGCUCACUCCUCCGCCAAGUACACCCUCAGCUUUAGAUGAUCAGUCAAACAAACCCCCCCAUAAGUUCUCUCCCUUUUUGAUCGCCACGAUCACAUUUAUCGCCGCCGCUUUUCUGUUUGUUUGCUGCUAUGCUAUCUAUUCAAGGUACUAUUUAAGUAGACGGGACUCAAGGAGGAGGCCGCAGCCACAAACUGUGGAGACCCUGCAGGAUGAGUUUCUUGAUGAAGAAGAUGGACCUGUGCUUGACCACCCCAUCUGGUACAUCCGUACCGUCGGUCUUCAACCAUCUAUUAUCGGUUCGAUCGCUGUCUGUAAGUAUAAGAGAGGUGAAGGUCUUGUUGAUGGAGCAGAGUGCUCUGUUUGUUUGAACGAGUUUGAAGAAGAUGAAACUCUUAGACUUUUGCCCAAGUGCAGUCAUGCUUUUCAUGUUCCCUGUAUUGAUACUUGGCUUAGAUCACACACCAAUUGCCCCAUGUGUCGUGCACCCAUAGUCAAGAACACAGUCCAGACGCCACCACCGGAGGCUAAUGUAAAUAAUUCCAGCCCAGGGGAAGAAACCCCAGUCGGAAUUCCGCAAAGUGGUGGUGCAUUCGAUGGAGAAAUAGAUGAUGAGGUUCGUGAGAUAAGGAUUGAUAUAGAGGAUGAGGGAGAAUUAGCUGCUGUGAAUGAUGGGAAAAUUUCUGAGAAUUCAAAUCAAGAUGUAAACGACAUCCAACCGAUGAGAAGAUCGGUUUCUUUGGACUCUUUGUCAGCUUCAAAGAUCAGUUCCGCUGUUGCAAAUCGUGUUCCACUGGGUUCCCAUGGGAGUUCACAUAACCAAGGGGUAAAAGUGAACGAAUCCAACACAAGAAUCGUUCCGAAAAGGCUCGAGGGUAAUCGAAAUUCACUGAAAUUAUUGGGUAGUUCUUCAAAAGGGAGAGCGCUGCCAAAUCGGCCGGUUUCCAUGAAGAGAUCGUUUUCCUGGAAUGGGAAAUUCUUGCUAUUCAACUAUAGCCAGAACCGAGACUCAGUUAUCCGAAGCUUUUGAUUGAUAUAUGAUAUGGGUGGUGUCAGGUGAGUUGUCGGAAAAACUCAUUUCUUAAAAGCUCUCAACAAGCUGAGAGAUUGCAGAAUUUUCCUUUUCGUACAUCAAACAAAGAAGAGAAAAAAGUCAAAACUCAUGAGAUCCUAGAUUUUGCAGUGAAAAUAUGAUAUUGGGAUUGAUCCAAAAUGGAUUCGUCACAGCAAAUAUGUUCAUUCUGUAUUUAUCAUGUUUCCAGGCUUCAAAGGAAGCACCAACAACUGUAAUUUAUUUCCAGUUUUGCUAUGCCAGAAUAAUUUUGACA